GGGGCGGGACGCGGCUGCCGGGGCGGUGCCAGCGGGGCCGGGCCGGGCCCCGGGGCCGCGCAGGCUGCAGCACAGCAGCGGCGGCCACAGCGGGCCGGGAGCGGGCCGGCCAUGGUGGGGCUCAAGGAGGAGCUGCUCAAGUCCAUCUGGCACGCCUUCACCGCCCUCGACCUCGACCGCAGCGGGAAGGUCUCCAAGUCGCAGCUCAAGGUCCUUUCUCACAACUUGUGCACGGUGUUAAACGUUCCCCAUGAUCCCGUGGCCUUGGAGGAGCACUUUAGGGAUGAUGAUGAAGGACCAGUUUCCAAUCAGGGUUACAUGCCUUAUCUAAACAAAUUCAUCUUGGAAAAGGUUCAAGGGAACUUUGACAAAGUUGAAUUCAACAGGAUGUGCUGGACUCUCUGUGCUAAGAAGAAUCUCUCUAAAAGUCCUUUGCUGAUUAGUGAUGAAGAUGCAUUUAAAGUGUGGGUUAUUUUUAACUUCUUGUCAGAGGACAAAUACCCUUUAAUCAUUGUACCUGAGGAGAUUGAAUAUUUACUUAAAAAAAUCACUGAAGCAAUGGGAGCAGGCUGGCAGCAGGAGCAGUUUGACCAUUACAAGAUUGCUCUCAACACCAGUCGAGAGGGUCUGUCUGCGUGGGAGCUGAUUGACCUCAUUGGAAGUGGGCAGUUCAGUAAAGGGAUGGACAGGCAGACAGUGUCCAUGGCAAUCAAUGAAGUCUUCAAUGAGCUCAUCCUGGAUGUACUCAAGCAGGGCUACAUGCUGAAAAAAGGUCACAAACGGAAAAAUUGGAUGGAACGAUGGUUUGUGCUAAAACCCAAUAUUAUUUCCUACUAUGUAAGUGAAGAUUUAAAGGAGAAGAAGGGAGACAUCAUACUGGAUGGCAACUGUUGUGUAGAGGCCUUGCCUGACAAAGAUGGAAAGAAAUGCCUUUUUCUCAUAAAAUGUCUGGAUAAAACUUUUGAGAUCAGUGCCUCAGAUAAAAAGAAGAAGCAGGAAUGGAUUCAAGCCAUCCAGAGCACGGUGAGCCUGCUGCGGGCGGGGAGCCCUCCUCCCCACAAAGAAGCGCGCCAGAAACGGAAGGAGCUGCGCCAGAAGCUGCUGGCUGAGCAGGAGGAGCUGGAGAGGCAGAUGAAGGAGCUGCAGGCAGCAAAUGAGAACAAGCAGAAGGAGCUGGAGACCGUGAGGAAGCAACUGGAAGCAGCAGCUGCUCGUGCUGCUGAGGAGGAGAAGAAAAGACUUCAGACUCAAGUUGAAUUACAAGAUCGCUUCAGUUUGGAGCUGGAGAGAGAAAAAAUGGUAAGACAACAAAUGGAAGAGCAGGUUGCUCAGAAGUCAUCUGAACUGGAACAGUAUUUACAAAGAGUCCGUGAACUGGAGGAAAUGUAUAAACAGCUGCAGGAAGCACUGGAGGAUGAGAGGCAGGCACGUCAGGAUGAAGAGACUGUGAGGAAACUUCAGGCCAGAUUGCUGGAAGAGGAGACAGCAAAGAGAGCUGAACUGGAAAAAUGGCAUUUGCAGCAGCAACAGACCAUUCAGAUGACAGAAGCAGAGAAGCAAGAGCUGGAAAAUCAGAGAAUGAUGAAGGAACAGGCUCUUCAAGUGGCCAUGGAGCAACUGAAACAACUGGAAUUGGAAAGGAAGGAGGCCCUUGAGCAGUAUGAGGAGGUUAAGAAGAAGUUGGAAACAGCAGCUAAUAACACCAAGAGUUGGAAAGAUAAAGUAGCUCAUCAUGAGGGAUUGAUUCGACUAAUAGAGCCAGGCUCCAAGAAUCCUCACUUAAUCACAAACUGGGGCCCAGCUGCCUUCACUGAGGCUGAACUGGAGGAAAGACAAAGGAGCUGGAAAGGGAAGAAAGCCACUUCUGAGUGAUGGUGGCAGCUGACACGUGGCCCAGAACAGGAACCCACCUCCCCUCGUUCUGCUUUGCACAGAGCAGCCUCUUGCUUACAAGGUUUAGUUUGCUCAGCAGGUUGGGCCUUUCUGCUCAUGAAAUUCUGUUUACCACGCUGGAGGGUCUGCUCAGAGCUCAGCCAUUACAGUGGGUGGUGUCUGACAGGACGUGCUGUUUUCCCUCACUUUUCCAAGACUUUGCAGCUGAAAAUUUGUAUUGAAAUGUAGCUUGUGACAGACAGAGUUGUUCCUGUACUAGCCUGUAACAAUCUGACAGCAGCUAACCAGCCAGGCAGCAUCACUUCCAUUCCAGAAAGUGAGGGAAGCAGUUGUUCUGCUGGUUCAGUUUAGUGUCAUUUCAGCCCAGGAUAAAUCAGUCCUGGAGGUCGUGUCCAACUCUGAGAUGGGGCAUUACCUUUCCUUCCUCCUUACACUUUUGCUCUGUGCCUCUGUUGCUCUCUGCAGAAUGCUUAGUGCUCAGACACAUUCCCUUGGCAAGGGGGGCUGGCAUCACUGGGUGCCUGCUGCCUGCUUAGGUUUGGUGUCCUGUUUCCCUCUCUUUGCAGGAAUCCAAACGAAAGAACUGGAGGUAGUGUAGCAAACACUGCUGUAAGACAUUUGGAAAAAGUAGUUGUGCAAGACUUUUUUUGUACUGUCUCAUACUCGAGAAGUGCUAAAUAAAGCCUUGAGAGCUCUGUUCAUAGUUUAAAAGAUGAA